AUGUCGAAAUUGGGAUGUUAGAAGAUACGUAUACUAUACUUACUAAAUAUCAUCAGUGACAUACUGUUUUGGGCAGCUACAGCUAUUUUAUAUCUAGCUAUUAAAUACACUUCAAUUAGACGAUUCCAAAAAUACAAUUAUACAAUUUAUUCACUUAUAAUAAUACGCUUGGCCUAUGCCUUCAAUCUUUUGGUAAUGGAAGAGGGAUUAACAGAAGAGGAUGCAACAGAUUGCAAAUUUACAAGUCACGAAAAAAUAAAGAAAAUACUAUUUUAUCUCGUUGAAAACUUGUUCUACGUGAUCACUGUUGGCACUGUUCAUUACUUGAUUUCAAUUCUCACAAACAUCAAGGAAUAACCCAAGGAUUUGCUUACUCACGACGUUAAAGAAUCACUCAUUAUAUGA